AUGGCGACGAACACUAAUGGCGAGUCUUGCAAUGGCUGCUCAAGUACUGACCUGAACGCAAAUGGGUGUACACAUCACGGCAACGGCAACAUUACUGAUAUCGAAGACUACAAGACUGAGUUGACCACACUUCGAGCACGCACGAAGGAGCUUGAGGAGAAGUUGUCAAGCAUGGAGACAAGCCCAAAGAAGUCCUUGCGAUCCUCACAAUGGCUUAACAAGCCAGACGACUUGGCAAUGUCUGCCCUUUAUGCUGAUCGCUACAUGAAUUAUGGUCUGACUAGCGAGGAACUACUAUCUGGGAAGCCAAUCAUUGGUAUAGCACAGUCCGGCUCAGAUCUUGCUCCCUGCAAUCAGUACCACACCACUUUAGCUAAGCGCGUCCGCGAAGGCAUUCGAACUGCGGGAGGUAUCGCCAUCGAGUUCCCGACUCAUCCCAUCCAGGAAAGCUCACGUCGCCCUACUGCGACGCUUGAUCGCAAUCUGAGUUACUUGUCCCUGGUAGAACUACUAUAUGCUUACCCAUUCGACGGCGUGGUGCUGCUCACAGGGUGCGACAAGACGACCCCUGCCAUGCUCAUGGCAGCGUCGACCAUGAAUAUUCCAGCUAUAUGCCUUAAUGUCGGCCCGAUGCUGAACGGGUACGAUCGAAAAGCGCUCAUUGGAUCGGGCACCGUGGUCUGGAAAGCGCGCGAGCUACAUGCUGCUGGUGAAAUCGAUGAUACCGGCGUAUUUGACCUUGUAACAAAGGGCACGCCCAGCGUCGGGCACUGCAAUACAAUGGGAACAGCUUCCACUAUGAACGCCCUCGCGGAAGCACUUGGUAUGGCACUGCCAGGUAGUGCAGCUAUUCCUGCACCUUAUCGAGAACGGGCACAAUGUGCAUACAAGACGGGUGUCCAGAUCGUGGAGAUGGUGCAUGCUGAUCGUAAGCCAAGCGACAUCAUGACCAGAGAGGCCUUCGAGAAUGCAAUCAUGGUCAACACAGCCAUUGGUGGCAGCACUAACGCACCGAUCCAUCUCAAUGCCAUAGCGAAACAUAUUGGUGUGAAGCUGGAUCUGGAUGAUUGGGACAACAUCGGUCAUAGUCUGCCACUGCUAGUCAACUUACAGCCUGCUGGAGAGUACCUAGGCGAGGAGUAUCAUCGUGCGGGUGGUCUCCAAGCUGUUAUCGCAGAGCUUUUGGACCAGGGGCGGCUUCACGAGAGUGCGCUCACCGCAAAUGGCAAGACGAUUAGAGAGAACAACGCUGGCAAGCACUCCUGGGACCGGCGAACGAUAAAGGAAUACGGACAGCCGAUGCUCAAGGACGCUGGGUUCUUGCACAUUACUGGCAACUUGUUUGACUCUGCUAUCAUGAAGACGUCUGUGAUCUCGGAGGAAUUCCGCAAAGUCUUUCUGGAAGAUCCCAAUGACCCCAAUGCGUUCGAGUCCAAAGCUGUGGUGUUCGACGGCCCGGAAGACUACCACAAGCGUAUCGAGACUGCCGAGGUUGACGAACGUACGAUUCUUGUUAUGCGUGGCACCGGUCCUCUCGGCUAUCCAGGCGCCGCCGAGGUUGUCAACAUGACAGCACCAGGUCGACUGCUGAAGAAGGGUCUCAAGUACUCACUUCCUUGUAUUGGUGAUGGCAGGCAGAGUGGCACUUCUGGUUCACCAAGUAUUCUCAACGCAAGCCCUGAAGCUGCCGCAAAUGGCAACUUAGCUAUUUUGAAAGACGGCGACAAGCUACGUGUCGAUCUUACCAAGCGCAAGGUGAACAUUCUGAUCUCCGCGGAUGAAAUCAAGCAAAGGCGCGAAGAGCUGAUGGCCCGAGGUGGCUACAAAGCCAUCGAAAGUCACACCCCAUACCAGGACUUGUUCCGCCGCGAAGUGGGUCCACUGAGUGAAGGUAUGGUCUUCCCACGGGCUACUAAGUUCCAGAGAGUCGCUCAGGACCAUCCCAUACCACGAGACAACCACUAG